GUUGAGUGAAGAAGAAGAAAAAAAGCUGUUUUAUAAUAAAGUCAUGACAGAAUUCCAGGUACCGAUUGCUUUCAUGUUCCAGCUUUCACUCUUCAUUAACAUAUAUUUUAUAUUAAUAUUUAUUUAUAUAUUUUGUAAAAUCAAAAAUUAGGAACUAGAUCAUGAUGAAGGGUAACGACAGAUAAGAUAGAAUAAACUUGAAACUUCAUAGCCAGAUGUUAAUUAUUAGCUACUCUAAAAGAGGACAGAAAUGAAGUUGCAGUCCAAAGUUAACAUUUAUGGGAGUGUUGUAACAGAUUCAAAUUCAGAAAAAAAAAAGAAGUUACUUUGCUUUGGAUUUUCUUUCAUCCCUGAGCUGGACUUUUGGUGAAGUGUAACUUCAGCUUUUGCCUGGAAUCCUGAAUCAGUGGCCAAAACCAGCAGUCUCCUUCUCAAGAUCUGGAUCUUCAUUUAACAGCAAUCAUUUCUGUUAGAUAAGAGACAUUUUUUCCCCACAGGAUGUGGUUGGUACAACAACAAAAAAACAGGAGAAAAAAAACAAGAAAAAAUAUGUCUAAGCAAUUUUACUAAAACACACAACAUUGCAAAUGCAACAACAGUAGCCAUGUGAUAAUUGGGUCCUUGAAAAUACAUGGUUUCUGUUCAGUUUUCACAAAAAGGGAAGUGGAGUAUUGUUUUUGGAGACGUUUAAAUCAUUUCUUAGUCAGACAGAAGAGAACGUUAGAAGUAGAAUUCAUUUUUGGAGGAUGAAUCCCUUCACUGUGGAAUCCCCCACAGAGGCUCCUGAGGAGUAUGGCACCGGGACUGCACUGGCAUGCGUCAUUCUGGGCCUGUCUUUUUUGAUCGGAGUUCCAGGAAACCUGUUUGUGAUUUGGACCAUCCUGAGAUCCAUGAAGAAGCGUUCACACACGGUGAUGCUCAUCUUGCAUCUUGCUGUUGCAGACACCGUGGUCCUCAUCACCCUGCCUCUGUGGAUUUACUCCAUGGCGCACACCUGGGAGUUUGGAGAAGGAACCUGCAAAGCUUUGGUGUACUUCAUCAGUACCUGCAUGUACAGCAGCAUCUUCUUCAUCACUCUAAUGAGUGUGGAACGUUUUGUAGCGAUUUCUCAUCCAUUUGUAAUGCUGCGCUGGGGGAGCAAAGGUUCUAUGAACACAUUUCUUCUAUUUUUGUGGCUCCUUGCCUUUUCUCUUGGAACGCCAGCCAUCCUGACCCAAACUUUAAACGAAGCUGGUGGAGUUACCCAGUGUUUUUCUAGAGAGUUCAGCACUGAUACCCAAGCAAUCAUCAUCGUGUGCCUGGAGACACUAGCAGGAUUUGUACUUCCUUUAAUCAUUCUUUCCAUCUGUAGCUGUCAUGUCAGCAUGAAAAUCAAGAAACUGAGUUUUAAUUCAAAGCCAAAGUCAGUGGUUCUUAUUCACGCUGUGCUGAUUGCUUUCAUAUUGUGUUGGUUGCCUCACCAUAUUAUCAACAUCAUUACUGUCAUUUCCCUGGUGAUAUCAGACACUGAACAGGAAUACGUCCCUGAGUAUCUUGUCUUAAGCUCUGGUGCUCUUGUUUUCAUUAGCAGCUCGGUAAAUCCCAUGUUGUAUGCUUUCUUUGCAAAGAAUUUCAGAGGAAGUCUGGAAGGCUCUCGCCUGGUUAGGCUGUUUCAGGAAAUGACUGUUUAUACAAAUAAACUCAGAGAGCUGGCAGUACAGCAGCAGUCGGAUCAGGGGCCAUCCACCCAGGAAGUGUUAAUAUCUGAUAGUACAUGUUAAAAAUACCUUAAACCUGUGAAACUAAAUAUGAAACAUUGUAACAACAUUAACACAUUUUCUUCAUCUAAUUUAUCAAUUACACUCUACAAUUUCUGUUUAAUAUUAAAUAGUUUACCUUUUUACAGCAUUUUUGUGUUAGUAUUAUGUUACUUCAAAUACAUCUAAAUAAACCUUCUUACCUUGAGCACAAGAGAACAAAGUCCCUGUCAGAAGUCCGAGUUAUGUCUCCCCCUCUGGUCACCAGCGGGAAGCGUCUCCAGAGUUCUGAGUACGCUUCAUCUUCCAGCAUCCCCAGGGCAGUUUCUGGAUGACACACAUCUGACUUUCAUUUGCAAUCACUCACAAUAAACCUAAGUACCAUACUGCACUGAGCCUCACUCAGUGUGAAGUAUUGAGUCCCACUCUGCCUGCUUUACCAGGUGUUACAGCUAGACCUGAUCCUCUGAUGUCCUGACCCUGCUUUGUCCUUGACUCUGUUUGCCUGUCGCCUGCCCCCCGCCCCCGCAUCUGGAUCUUGACCAUCCUCGUUGUUUCUCUGAUUCUCCUCUGUCAGACACUGAUUUAGCUCUGUGGACUUUUAGCUGAAAAAAUAAACCUGCUGCAAUUAGAACCAGCUGCCUGCCUAUUUUGUGACAGUCCCACCUAUUUUGAAAAUAUGUCAGGUUUUAUUUUACAUCUAUUUUUAAAAGAUUAUUCUGGCUUUUAUUUUGAUAGAGGUCAAGAAUUCAAAAUUCUGCAUAUUUGCACAUUGUAACUACCUCUCUUUUUUGCACAAUUGAUGUCUUUUUUGUCCUGAGCUGUUCAAAUCUCGAUACAAUUUACAACUGUAAACUGAUUCUAAGAUACUCACACAGUUUCUUUAUUGUAACCAGAGAUGUGUUUGUCAUGGAAUUUAAAAUGAAUGAAAUUGUGAAUACGUAAAGUUUUUCCUAUUAUAACUGAAAAAAAAUCAAUGACUGGAUAAAAUGAUUAAAGUCAAUCUCAGUCUAAGUCCUCAUCACUCGUUGUCAAAAUUGUUACAUGAAGGAUAACUGUGCUUCUUCUUUUCAAUGAAAAUCUUUUAAACCA